AUGGCUAAGGAUGCACUUGCCCGUAGGAGAUCAAAACCUAAUACAGACGAUCUGCUUCUUGUAGCUGUUCUUUCUUUUCAUGAUUUUCGCUUCUCGCAAAGAUCAAAGUGUUGCUUACCUCCGAUCACUGUGUAUCCGAAUACGUUUUGCUCAAAGAUUCAUGGUGAAUCGGUUACCGUCACUCUCUUCGCGCAAAUCGUAGCUCUGUUUGGAACCCUAACUCACUGCGUCGGAAACUGUCGAACUCGUCUCCUCCACCCUUCGGAGCAUUCGUUUAUCGGUGUGCAAUCGGGUUGGUUUCUGAUCGGAUUAGCUCUUUGA